UCAGUGUCGCCCCUCCACACACACACAGACACACACCAGCCUCCUGUCUCUGCGCUCAGGACGUCCCAGAGAGGGUCCAACGUUCUGUGCUGGAUCUUUAAUCUCUUUUCCUCCUCAGCCUCAUCCAGCCUCCCCCCCCGAAGACAACAUGACGGACGCAGCCACCAACAUGCGGCUGAAGCUGCCGAUCACCUGCCUCAUCCUGGAGAUCAUCCUCAUCAUCCUCUUCGGGACGCUGGUGCAGUACAACUACGAGACGGACGCAGCAGAGUGGCACAACCAGACGGAGCACUCUGACUACGAGAACGACUUCUACUACCGCUACGCAAGUUUCCAGGAUGUGCACGUGAUGAUCUUCAUCGGCUUCGGCUUCCUCAUGACCUUCUUGCAGAGAUAUGGCUUCAGCAGCGUGGGCUUCAACUUCCUGAUUGCGGCCUUCGCCCUGCAGUGGGCGACGCUCAUGCAGGGCUUCUUCCACGGCUUCCACGGAGGCAAGAUCCACAUCGGGGUGGAGAGCAUGAUCAACGCUGAUUUCUGCACCGGCGCUGUGCUCAUCUCGUUCGGAGCCGUGUUGGGUAAAACCAGCCCGGUGCAGCUGCUGAUCAUGGCCAUGUUCGAGGUCACGCUGUUCGCCGUCAACGAGUACGUGGUGCUGUCGGUUCUCGGGGCCAAAGACGCCGGAGGCUCCAUGACCAUCCACACGUUUGGAGCGUACUUCGGCCUGAUGGUGACCCGGGUCCUGUACCGGCCCAACCUGGACAAGAGCAAACACAGGAACAGCUCGGUCUACCACUCCGACCUGUUCGCCAUGAUCGGAACCCUGUACCUGUGGAUGUUCUGGCCCAGCUUCAACUCGGCCGUCACGGCUCACGGAGACGACCAGCACCGCACGGCCAUGAACACCUACUACUCCCUGGCAGCCUGCACCCUGUCCUCCUACUCCAUAUCGGCCCUCACGGCGCACGACGGCAAGCUGGACAUGGUCCACAUCCAGAACGCCGCCCUGGCCGGUGGAGUGGCAGCAGGAACAGCCGGUGAAAUGAUGCUGACGCCUUUCGGCUCCAUGAUCGUGGGCUUCCUGGCCGGUACCAUCUCCGUCCUGGGCUACAAGUACCUCUCACCCAUCCUGGAGGAUAAACUCAAGAUCCAAGACACCUGCGGCAUAAACAACCUGCACGGCAUGCCCGGCAUCCUGGGCGCCAUCGUGGGAGCCGUCACCGCCGCGGCCGCGACCAUGGAGAUUUAUGGAGCAGGCAUGAAGGACGUCUUCCCCCUUGUGGCCGAUGGAACAUUCACGGCGUCGGAUCAGGCCAUCCGUCAGGCCAUCUCUCUCGCGGUCACUCUGGGCAUCGCCCUGCUGGGGGGGCUCAUUGUUGGUUUCAUUUUGAAGCUCCCUCUGUUCGGCGCCCCCCCGGACUCCAUCUGCUUCGAGGACAGCAUCUACUGGGAGGUUCCUGGAGAAGAGCCGAGUCACGAGGAGCAGCUGACGGUGGUGAGGACCGAGGAGACCGUGAAGCUCAACAACUAGACACACAACCACACACAACCACACACACACAACCACACAGACACACACAGACACACACAGACAUCCACACUGUCACACAACCACACAAACACACACAGACAUCCACACUGUCACACAACCACACACACACACACAGAAACACACACACACACCUGAGGUCUUAUCAUCCUAACACUUGAGUAUUACCUCCUAUAGGCUGUUGAUACAAAUUUAAAAAAAGCCCCUUAGUGCUUAUAAAACUGUCGUGGACAGCUUCGACCACCAGAGGUCGAUCUCGAGCUGCGUUACUUUUCCACAGGCCAGUGAAACCAGUGCAACCAGUGCCAGACCCAAAAUCGAGCUUCGCAGCCAGUUCAAACCAAAGACGGAGAGCGUCUCCACUCUGUCCUUCAUUUUAAAUAGAGGCAAACCGGUGAGAGGCCAUGACUGUGUAUUAGAAACGUGUAUCUUCUCCUCAUAGUUCUGCUUUGGGACUCUGUGUUGUUAGCUGUACUGUAUAUGAGUAGUUGUGUAGUUGUAGAACUUUGUAUCUUAACAUCGUUUGUUUCUCGAACACUUUCGAUCUUCUCUGUAUUCACUGUUUCCCCCUGGAACCGAAAUGUGUGAAAACUCAACAUUGGAUAAGUUUUUCACAAAAUGAAUUCAAUAAAUAAAUGAAUAUUCAAUUUUUAA